ACCAUGGCCAGGUGUUUCCCUUUCUCUUCAUUUGUGGGCCAGCUCGCCCCUGCUGUUUCCCCAAAACCCUCUCCAGCACUGACGGUCAAAGAAGAAGUCCCAGGACCUUCAGGCACCUGGAUACCUCCUCGUUCACCUCCCAGGAGUAAAGGACAAAAGAGGAAACGUUCAGAUGGGACACCCACAGAAACCCAGGACACAUGGACUGUGAAGGGCAUGUCUGGUCUCAAAAUGAAGCUGAAGAGACGCAGGGUGUCCACAGUACGACCUGAGGAUCACAAGGCCUUCAACAGGCUGCUAGAGGACCCUGUUGUCCAGAACUUCCUGGCCUGGGACAAAAAAUAUCGGGUGUCAGACAAGUACCUCCUGGCAAUGAUCAUAGCCUACUUUGGCCGGGCUGGUCGUCCUUCCUGGCAAUACCAACGCCUCCAUUUCUUCCUGGCUCUCUACCUUGCCAAUGACAUGGAGGAAGAUCGCCAAGGGCCAAAGCAUAGCAUGUUUGCCUUCCUCUUUGGCCAAGACCGCACCCAGCGUGUCAAGUUCCAGUGGCUUCGGGCCCAGCUCUUCCGAGCCAUUGGUUGGAAGGCAUGGGUUACCCCAGAGGAGUGUGAGGAGAUUCAGGCAUAUCAGCCUGAACAUUGGGUAUGGAAGCGUGACCGGGCCCUCCUUCAGUAGGGCUCCAAAGGGAGGAGCCUAUGAGUAGAGGCUGGAGGCAGGAAUAACAGAGGAAGGUCCUUGUCAAAGUGGAGCAGAGAUGAGAUGAGAAGAUGGUCCUUUCAGGAGUGUGAAGGAGCUGUGACUCCCUCUGCUUACUACUUAAGAGGUCCUAACAUAGCCAACCUUAUAGCAAAACCAUCAGAUAGACCUAGUCAGCCCCAGACAGACCUAGUAAGCCUAGUAAGCAGAUCUGACCAGUCAGGGUAUAC